AUGGAGGCUUCAGGAGCUGCAACAAGCACGGAUAGCCAGCGUCCGCGACUCUGGACGACUGAUGGCGAAGGCAACUCACACUUGAACUAUCCACAAUUCGAAUACACGACUCUGAAUCAGGAGAUUGGAGAGCAUCGGUUCUUCGUUUUGCAUCCGCCUGUGGAUGGACUGGACUACGACGACGACCAUGUUCGAUGCGAACUCAUUACAGUACCUCUUUCCGAAGCACCGUCUUUCAUCGCCAUAAAAAACGCAAGAGGAUACCGUCUACUGAUCGAUGUAAUCGAAGUCGAUGGCAAAGCUCUCGUGAUUCCCGCCGCGAUAGAAAGAUUCCUCAGACACUUUCGAAAGCUGCUGGAUAAGCCGACGCCCUUAUGGAUUCGCCACUUGAGCCUCAACCAGCCAGAUGCCGAAGAACGAAACAAACUGUGGACACGAGAGCUCAGCGAUCAGAUGUAUGCUAAAGCGACGGAGGUUGUGGACAUGAGUGAGUUCAACACUACGCUCUUCGAGAAAGGCGACAUGAAGGGAGUUAUGGAGAGCGAGUACUCCGGCGGAUGGAGCAAGAAGUGGUAUGGUGCUGUCGAGGUUGUCAUGCCAAAGGUCUUUCCUAUACGACUGGGCAAAGUGUGCAUGAACCCUGAGGUGGAUCCUCCUGUUGACGACCACGACUAUGUGCCGUUGGAUAUCGUGGCUCACGAGAUUCGAGUGGUGAUACUGAUGCCUUCCCCUGACCCUUCGGCGCCCCUCGUUCUGCAUAUGGGCCACUCGCCACUGUAUAGCGGUGUCACGUACGCUGCACUUUCGUACCGAUGGGGGACUGAUGAGACAACCGAGGAGAUCAAUCUCAAUGGCCUAAAAAAGAACGUUCGCAAGUCACUUGCUGACCUACUGCGCUCACUUCGAUAUCCAGACAUCCAGCAGCCUCUUUGGAUCGAUGCUGUAUCGAUCAAUCAGGACGAUGUCAUGGAGCGCAAUCGACAGGUGCCUCGAAUGGGCGAUAUCUAUGAUUUUGCCAAAGCAGUCAUCUGCUAUACUGGGCUCGCAACCGACGACAGCGAUCUGGCCCUGGAGUUCAUCAAGAAACUGCGCAAGCCAAUGAUGAGACUGAACAAAGACCGAGAAUGGCACUUCGGUGAAGAAUCAUAUGACAAGGAGAACGGAUGGACCUACGGCGAGAACCCCAUCAGAGGCGAUCUGCUGGCUACCAUGUGCGCUGCACUGUAUAAGUUCUUGACUCGACCAUACUUCGGUCGUCUCUGGGUCCUGCAGGAAUGGGCCUGGGCUACCAAUCCCGUUAUUGUGGUCGGAGGCAAUCAUGACACCAGCUUCGAGGACCUCGACGUGGCUGCUUAUAACUUCCUCGACAUGAUUGCGAGUGAUCCGACUCUGCCAGGGCAGAUAGUGAGCGCCGACACUUCAAUCUCGGAGGUCAAUGUAGACCUAAUCGCUUUCCCACGCAAGCUCAGCUACUUCCGCCACCUUGCCAGUAGAGGAUCAUGGAGAAGUGAGCUGAACUUUGCCACGGUCAAAGAGGAGGCUCCUGGAUUCCUGGAAACCUUGAUAAUUGCCAGAGAUUUCCAAUGUGUCGAUCCACGCGACAAGAUCUUUGGGUUGUGGAAUCUCGCGCGAGACAAAAAGGGGCUGGAUUUCAAGAUGGACUACACGAAGUCCGUCCAAGACACAUAUGCCGAUUUUGCUCGUGCCUGGGCUGCUCAGCAUCGAGAGUUGGACAUUCUCGGAGCCGUGGAGAUUACACCUGCUACUCAGAGCUUUUACGAGAAUGCACCGUCGUGGUGCCCAGAUUGGAGCACACCUUCCACGGCAAGUUGUCUUGUCAGAAAGGAGAGAAUCCCCAACACGAUGAUGUUCGCCCUCAACGACCUAGACGGAAAGCUCUACAACGCCGACGGAGGCGUAAACCGCGACUCUUUUGACGAACCACUAUUCACCUUCGAGGACAAUGUCCUUCACUGCACAGGAGUCAUCCUUGACCAGAUCAAGCUCAUCUUCGAAGAACCACCCGAGAUGCCAAAACACUACAGGGUCCCAGCCUGCGAUCCUAUAUCCUACUACAAAUUCCAAACCUGGACUGCUGAGCUCGCCAGAUACUGCACCUCAAACGGCAUCAACACGUACAACGAUCCUCUCCAAGCCGCCACAGCCAUGUUCCACGGCGAUAGUCCCUCCGCAUGGCCUCUGAAGCAAGACAACCCUGAUAACGCCGAUGAUGAAAGACAUCCUGAUGAAGUCUACGUCUGCAUUCCUACUUCUCGCCAGACAGCUCGCGACCCGAACUCUUCGCGCCAUGUUAUGUGGUAUGGCGGCAGCUACGACCGUACGAGCGCCUGGGACGUCGUCAAGGGGGUUCUGCGAGGACGAAGACCUUUCAUGAGCGAGAACGGGUAUAUGGGUCUCUGCCCGUCGUAUAUCACAGCGGACUCUUCGGAGUUGCCGUGGAACUUAGCGAUCGUGGCGGGAUGUUCGGUGCCGUUGUUAUUGCGGGAGAGGGAGGAUGGGAGUUAUCAGCUUUGCGGGAGUUGUUUCGUUCAGGGGUGGAUGGACGGUGAGGCGCUCCUGGAGAUGAUGGGCGCGGAGAGCGCAGAAGAGUUUUGGGAUGCGUUGAGGGGUGGGGACGAUGUGAUGAGGAUCUAUUAG